AUGGUUCUGAAGGUAUUAGCACUGGCCUCACUUGUGGUCGCCGCCAUCGCCCGUCCAGAUGGUCGGCCCGCCUAUAGCUACGCCGCUCCCACACCUGCUUACGCACCAACCAAGUACAACUUCAACUACCUCGUAAACAACGAACCAUCUGGCAACGACUUCGGACAUCAGGAAGCUCGUGAUGGCGACAACACACAGGGAUCUUACUACGUCCUUCUUCCCGACGGUCGUCUGCAGAAAGUUACAUACAGUGUGAACGGAGACUCCGGUUACGUGGCUGAUGUCACCUACGAGGGCGAGGCUCAAUAUUCUACUCCACAGGGCUCUUAUGGGCCUCCCCAGCCUUCUUAUAAGCCACCCACCCCUUCUUACGCCUAA